UUAUAGUACAGUGGCGCGCGCAUUUGUAAUGUAUAGCCAUAGUACAUUGCUUGCUUCUCCGUGUAAAUCCUCACCCAUUUACUCGUCAGAAUCCGCUCGAUUCUUAUUUGAGACAGUGCUUGUAAAUCUCUCUCUGUAUCGCGACCUAGAAUGAGGUUUAGGAAGUGUUAUAGUAUGGGCGCAGCCGGAGGAAAUUUGGACGGCGAAUCAUCGGUUUCUGGUGCAGGAUCCGUAAAAAGAGUCUCAAUCAGUAUCCAAUGCUCUGACGGGUCCAAGUUUACGGUGCUAACUGGAUUCGAAUCCACCGUUGAGGAAUUCAAAGUAGUCAUUGCUCAGAAAUGCGAUGUGCCAGCUAAACAGCAACGCUUGAUUUACAAUGGCCGAAUCCUGAAGGACGAUCAAAACCUAGCUAGUUACGGUUUGCAGGAAAAGCAUGCUGUUCAUAUGAUUCGCAGUUUUGUGUCAGAUUCACCAACUAGUGUCAUUGGAAAUGCCAAUCCAGGUGUUGGAGGUCUGAACCACAACAACAGUCCAGGUGAUUUGGGAGCAUCACCAUUCCCUAUACUCGGUGUUAAUGAGUUUGAUGGACAAGGAGCCUCUGACUUUGAUACGGAACUUUCUCGAUUCGAGCAAAUGCAGAAUCCUAACUUUUUGGAUGGCAUAUUAUCAGGAACACCUGCUUUUGAGAGCCUAAUGAAUGAUCCAUACGUGAUUCAAUGCAUGAUGAUGAGCAAUCCUCUGACACGUGAAUUCGUGGACUGGAACCCUAAAUUUUCUCACGUACUGAAUGAUCAUAUAGGUCUCCAACAACGAAUAAUGGAAAUGACCAGGAACCCUGAACUAAUAAGGGAGAUCAUCCAUUGUGACAGUUUCAUGAGCAACUAUGAAUCUACGGAGGGAUUGAACAUGCUUAGGCCAAUGCAUCACAAUGUGCAGGAGCCAAUUCUUAAUGCAACACCUGUUGCCAGGGAGACUGGAAAUCACUCAGCUGUAAACCCAUUUACAGCUCUUCUCAGAAGACGUGGAAGGGGUCAUCCAUUUGCCAAUCUAUGGACACAAUCUACAGGUUUGGAUCCAGCAAAUGAUGGUAUUCAGACAAAUACAACUAUAGGAGCAUAUCCCACUAGGGCUGAAACAGGGCCUGCCACCAAUGAUGUGCUGGAUUCUUUUCGACUGAGUCAGUUCGUGGGUAAUCCCAUACAAAGCUUCCUUUCUGAUCUGGAUGUGACAAACCAGCAAGAACUGCCUUUUGAACGAUAUUCUUUCUCUCUGCUUACUGAGCAGCAAUCAACCCCGGGACAGUGUCGUACCUCUGGAGCAACAGGAAACCCAAAUAGUGCAGCAGUGAAUUCAUUGGCCGACUUGUUUAAUUCAGUUGGUUCCGUCAGUCGGACUGUUUCUAACACCGCAAGUGUUCCACGAGAGCAAGUCUGUAACGCACAGGAAAACAUUCAAGCACUGAGAGCCACUGCAGGACACAUUCAUGCUGCUGUGGAAAUACUUUUGCAGAAUAUUAUCUGAUCUGGGUCCGAGAGACUUGCUCUCCACUAUGAGCAGUUGGAAUUAUUAGAUGGGACCAAAAUAAUUGAAGGAUCAACUCUUUGUGGAUUGGACCGGAGAGUUCAUAAUGGGACCAACCAACCAACCAAUACGAAACCUAAACAAAAAAGGCAGAUCACUAUCACAUGCCACGUUUCUUCUUAAAUCUCGCAAGUAAUAAUCAACUGUGCGACUUGUUAAAUACGAUAAAGUUUGACAAAUAAAUGCGCAUUAGCUCAAAUUACCGAUCAAUCACGAUCCUAAUCCUAGCCCUAGUUCUACCACACGACCAAAGUUAAAAAUCAAGGCAGCAACCCGUUUAUUACGCUAACGAGCCAGUCGAUUGUUGGUUUGUGUCGUUUCAAAGAUUGAGAUAGAGACAUUUGAUAUGCUUGAAUUGAAUGAGAAAUGACCGAAGCAUUAGAAAUGAUGUCUUAUAUUUAUCAAAUUGCCACGUGAUUGAGCUAUUAGUGAACACGGUAUUUUUUGCCUUAAAUAUUUUAUAAUCUCAUAAGUCUUACUAGUAA